GAAUUUUCCUACUCACGACUCACGAGCCACCAUUCUCUCGCUCUUCCUCACGCACACCUCAGUUCAUGAUAUAACUCCUCAUACUUAACAUCCAUCAGCUACUACAGCAAAUAUUCACAGUACCAACAAGUGUUAUAAUCCUCUCAAACCAAGUGACACGUCAAUUUCCGUCAUGUCGCACAAGCAUGAUGCUCGUUCGCAGUCGCAGACCAGUAGACUCCUCGUCAUUGGCACAGUGCUCUUCUACCUUGUAGCAGCACUAUGUAUGGUCAUGGCGAAUAAAUGGGUUCUCCAGACGACCGCUGCCCCGCUCUUCUUCCUCUUUUCCCAGCUUAUCAUUGCCGUCAUUCUUUUCAUCGCCGCACAUGCAACCCGCCUCUUAGUUGUGCCUUUGUAUGUAGACACUCAGCUUCUGAUCCAGCUCGCCCCCACCAUUGGGUUGAAUGUCGUUGGAUUGAGCUUCAGCAACUAUACCCUCAAGUAUGUCGAUGCAUCUGUGUAUCAAGUUGCACGCGGUCUCGUCCUCCCCUUCACAGUCCUUACCUCUUACUUCUUCCUCUCCGCACGGCCCUCCCUCCGCAUUUUGUUCAGCUGUUCCAUUGUUACCCUGGGCUUCUUCGUUGGCGUCUUUUUCGAUUCUGUCCCCAUGGUUAUCGCCGGUAUUGGCUUUGGCGUUGCAAGUUCCGCAAUCACAGCAGUGCACAGCGUGGUCAUCAAAAAGAGCCUGGAUAUAGUCAAGGGUAGCGCCAUGAAUCUGUCUUGGUAUACGAAUUUGCUUAGCGCGGUUGUGAUGAUCCCCCUCAUCGUACUCGCCGGCGAGGUCCCGGCUAUUACGGAUUUAUUUUUCGGAGUAGGCGUUGUCCCUAAAGAAGGAGAGCUGAGUGACUUGCAGACGUUCGUUUGGGGCUCCUUUAUCACUGGUGCUCUUGGCUUUAUGAUGAGCCUUGCCAGCCUGUUGUCCAUCAAAGUUACGUCGCCUAUCACACACAUGGUGUCUUCCGCAGUAAGAGGCGUGGCAGCGUCCAUGUUAGGAAUGUGGUUAUUUGGAGACAUCAUUUCGAGUGGCCGUGCAUCCUCGAUUGCAAUCAUUCUUCUGGGGUCCGUUUACUACACGUGGGUGAAACACGUCGAAUCUCAGCAAACUUCCAAGGACGGAAGCAAGUAUAACCGUGUUUCUCUGGACGAUGUUGAAGCUGGAAAAGAGUUUAGCUCAAAACCUGAGUGAGAGUACGAGAGUGUACAUUACCCGCGCAGGGAGCGAACGCGCAUGGAUAUUUCUAAAAUUACGCCUUACUUCUGGACAGAACAUUGGCUAUGAGUUGUGAUAGAUACCCUGAGUACUUAUUUGAUUCGAAGCA